AUGCGACGCCUCGGGAUAUCUCCAACGGCCUUGGCCAUCCUAUCUAUCCUCUCGCAAUUACGUUCAUUAUCGACACACGCAUUUCCAUUCCCUGUACAUUUCAACACCGGCCUCGCUACCCGCGAUUGCACGCCCUGUGGCUUCUACGGGCAAGAAUGCUGCACCGCAAUGCAAACCUGCACCACAAACGACAACAACCAAGCCAUCUGCGUCGACUCCAGCUUCGUGGAAAGGCCCCGCGCGGCCGAAGGUCAAUGGGAGACAUUCACGACAACCUUCGUCCGAACGGACCUGGUCACAGUGACCUCGGUGGGCAGCAGAUUGAUCUCGGCCCCAACCUCUCGCAGCCAGAUCCAAUGCCAACUUAACCUCGGCGAAUCCGCCUGCGGCACCAUCUGCUGCACCGCCGCGCAGGCGUGCAAAUAUGAAGGCCAAUGUGUCGAGGCCGGAAGCUCCCCCUUCGAGCCCUCGGUCGGGCCAUCGCCGACCCCUCCCUCCAGACCAACGAGUUCCGGCGGCGCAACCAUCACCACCGCUCCCACUGCGACCGUCCCUUUCCUCCCUCCAGUCGGCACAGACGGCGUCCUGCUACCCCCACCAGAAGCCUCGAAGGGUGGCGGUGGACUCAGCGGUGGCGCCAUCGCAGGCAUCGUCAUCGGUGUCCUCGUGGGCAUUAUGCUCUUACUCGUCCUCUGUCUGUCCGCCUGUGCCAAGGGCGCCAUCGAGGGAAUCCUGGCGCUGCUAGGAUGCGGCGGAAGGAGAGGGAGCGGCUCCGGCACCACACAGUCGUUCUCCGAGGGCAGCGGCGGGCGGCCCGGCCGUACUUGGUUUGGGCACCGACCGUCCCGCCCGCCUCCUGCGCGGCACUCGGAUUCGUACUCGUAUUACUUGUCUGAGAAAUCGAAACGGUCCGGCCUGUUUGGGAUGGGGAAGUGGACGAGCGUGGGCCUGGUUCUUGGAACGCUGGCGAUUUGUCUAGGGUUGCGGCGCAAGAAUCAGCAGGCGCCGCCCAGCUCGGGGUAUUCUGAUUCGUAUUACUACUAUGAUUAUAGUAGUAGCAGCAGUAGCAGUAGUUCAGCUCCAGCCAGAUCGAAGAGAUCGAAGCCCCCCACUACAAGGUCGAGGUCGAGGUCGACAAGACAUUAA